AUGGUAAAAAAUAAUAAUAAAAUGGACAAGAAUCAGUUAUUGCAGAAAUCUGAGAAAGCCAACUUUUAUAAUUCAAAGAUAAAAAAUAAAUCCAACGAAAAUAUAACAGACUGCAAAAAGGAAAGUAAUAUAUUACAAAGUGAUGUUCUACAGAAUGUUAAUUUACAAGGCAAAGUGCACAUAAAAAAAUAUGUUGAAAAAACGACUAAAUUAUAUAAUGUGGAAAAUAGAAAUAUAAUAAAAAAUAUAUCAGAAAAUAUUGAAGAUGCAAAUGAUACGAAUGUGAAGAGUGAGCAAGAAGAAUUGUCACAAGGUAAUUUCAGUGCCCUUUCGGAAAAACGUUUUGAUAAUAACAAUAAUAAUGGUAAUAGCUAUCAUAAUAGAAAUGGUAGUGGAAGUAGUAUUAGAAACAGCAGUAGCAACAGCAAUAGCAGUAGCAAUAAUAACGUAUUAAGUAUCGAAUCAGGGAGUUGUAACCCUGGGAAAGUUGAAUUUGUGGAAAAUAAAAAUUUUAGUAGCAGAAAAGAUAACAUUGAGAGCAACAUUACACAUUUCCAUGAUACUGGCGUUGCAGAAAAUAAUGAAAUCACGAGCAAGUUGAAUGAUAAGAAUUAUUGUAAUAAUAAGAACUUUACUAAUAAUAACACAUAUUAUAAUAUGAUGUGUAAGGAUAUAAACUAUGUUUGUAAUUCAAACACAGGAACUAUUAAUCAAAAUAAGAACAGUCACAACCAAGCUAUUAAUGAUAUAAAUAAAAAGAGUAACUAUCAUACGAAAUUUAUAUCAGGUAGUAGUUCAAAUUUUGAUGGGUUAAAUAAUUCGAAUGAUAGAAAUAAAGAGUAUUCCUCUCAUCAUACAAAUAGUGAGCAUAUGAAUAAUGUUAACUUUAUUGAUAAUGGUAACAGUAGUAGUAGUAGUGAAAAGUUAGGAUGUAUGUUGGAGAAUACGGAAGAAUAUAGAGAAAAUGUACAACAUUACGAUAAUAUUCAAAAGAGUUCGACAAAUUGUAGUAUAACUAACGAAAUGAAUAGAAAUGAACAAAAAAAUAAAAAUUACCAAAUGGGUGAGAAUGAGAGUAAAAAUGACCAAAUAGAUGAAAAUGAUAUUAUGCUAAAAUCAUGUUUUACCGACUCCAAUAAAGUUAGUAAUUACAACUUGAACGAAGAGAAUGAAUGUAAUAAAGAAGAAAGUUUAUAUGACAAUAUUAAGGAUAGAGUUUCUGAAAAAACUUUUUCAUCAUCUACUGAUUUGAAGAGGCUCAAUUCUUUAAAUAAUUCAAAUAAUUCGUUUAUUUUUUCAAAUAAUAUUCUAGAGGGAAAAUAUAAUAAUAAUAAUAAUAGUGCCAAUUGUAAUUUUGAGAAAAGUAGCGAAAGGGGCAGUGAAAGGGGAAACGAAAAAUAUAGCGAAUAUGGUGAUAAUGACAAGAUAAAGGGAAAAAAUGAGAAGAAAGGAAUUUGUAGCAACGACUCCUGUGUUGUUAGUGCAACUAAGGAAAUGGAAGCGUGUUACAAAAGUUACAAUAAUAAUGUAAAUAAUAAUAUUAUAAAUCAGUCCACAUUUACUUUUUAUGAUAACAAUUUAAAUAGUAAUGAACUAAUGGCAAACAAAUUACAGACAUUAAAUGAAGCAAAAAAUAGUUCAGAUUAUAACACACAUUCUGAACAUGAUAAUAAUAAUGAAAAGAAAUCAAUGCUUUUUAAAAAUUAUGAUUUUUCAGUUUUUGAUUAUUUAGAUAAUUAUAAAAAUAUUUACAACAAUGAUAGGAAAGAUAAUACCCUUAGCCUUUUAGAAAAAGUCGAUUCUAAUUUUAAACUAUUGAACACAAGUAUAAAUGAAAAGAAACAUAUCAUAAUAGAGGAGAAUUAUUACAAUGCAGAAGAAGCAAAAUUUUUUAAUAGUUUUCUUAAUGACAUUGCCAAAAAUGUUAGUGAAGAGAGAGAAGGAAAAUAUUUUAGUACCGAGGAUACUAUGUCCACACAUAUUUACAGAAACAGUAAUAUCAUUGAUAGUAGUAUAAAGAACAAUGUGCACUUGACUCAUUUGAAUAAUAUAAGGGAGUUGUAUGCAAAUUUUGAUUCAACUUGUAAUAAUUUUAAAAAGGAAAAACAUGGAUUUAUAUUUGCAAAUGGUUUAAAUAAAUGUGGUAGUGAUUUAUUUAAUAAAUAUAAUGAUGAACGUAGUCAUGAAGCUUUGAAUGGAGAUACAAAAGAAAGUGUAGAAAAAAAUAAAACAUAUGAUAGUAGCUGUCAUAAUCAAUUGCUUAAUAAUCAUAACAGAGAUUCACAAACUAAUGGAAAGGAAAUAAAUAAACAGAAUGAGAGUUUUCAAAAUUAUGAAAAAUGUAACUCAAGUAAUGCACAUACAUUCAAUAAGGAGGCUUCAAAAUUUGUCAGUUUUAACAAAAACUUAAAUUAUGUUUUAAUUAGUAAGACAGGAGAGGAGGAGGAGGAUUGUUCCGGAAAAUGUGUGUCAAGAUACAUGGAAAGGUAUGUAGCAAAUGAAGUAGUAAAAGAACCAGAAAUCAAGGCAGCAAAUGGUAACACCUUUUUCCAGGGGGAAGGGUUCAAUAGUGGCAAGGAUGUAUACCAUUUAACGAAGAAUGGGAAUUAUACUGGUGUGAAUAAUGAUAAUGAUAUUAACUACAAUGUUGAUUAUGAUAUUGACGACGAUAUUAAUGGCAGCAUUAAAGCCAAUAUUAACGACAACAUUGACGACGAUGAUGAUGGUGGGGAUGUGGACAUGAUUAAUAAAAAUAGCAAACUAAUGUCAAUUAUUGGAAAUAGAAUCAUGGAUAGUUUAGAAAACAUGGAUGCCGGUGAUGCAACGGAUGCAUUAUAUGAAAUAAUGAUUAUGAGAAAUAACAAACAGAGUACUUUUCAUUGCAUUAAUUCUAUGGAUGAUUCUUUAAAUACAGCUGAUAGAGAAAUUGAUAGUGAAUUAUAUAUUAAGCAACAUUUUGUAAACUCAAAAAAUCUACUUUAUAAUAACUCUUACAUGAAAUGUAAUAGAGAUUACGAAAACUGUUUUGAUAGAAAUGAGAUUGUUCGUGUUAGUAGCUUCAACAAUCCAAGUAAUAGUAGUGUCAAUCAAGGGGAACAAAGAAAUAUGGAGUACAGUAUUACAUACAAUCGAGUCUCCAGUAAAUAUGAUAGUGAAAAUGAUAUCAAUGAUUGUCAUAGAAAUGGAGAUGAAAAAGAAAAAGACAAAAAGUAUUGUGAAAAGGAUUGUGAAAGGGAUAACAAAAAGAACGAUGAAAUAAACGUGGAAAGAAAUAUAAAUUACAAAAAUAGCGAAACAACUAAUGUAAGUUUUAGUGUUCUCGAUAACAAUAAUAUCAUUAAAAGCAACGAUAAUAUUAAGUUGUUAGGUAAGAACUUUAUAAAAGAAAAUACGACAACUGCAAAUAGUGAACAUAGUGAACGUAUUAAAAAUGUUGAUGAUGGAAAGGAUGCGAAAAAUGAUAAAACAAACUUUGAUUACUUAUUUGAUCAUGUUAUAGAUAGUAAUCUUAAUUUAUUCUUAAACAGUGAAGAGUUAAAUUAUGAUAAUGUGUUAUAUACGAAUAAGGAUUCGGGGUGUAGCAAUAAUAACAAUAACAGUGGAAACAGUAAUGUAAGAAGCAGCAUAAACUACAAUAAACAUAGUUAUAACAAUAGUAACAUUAAAGAUAGUAAUAGUAACAACAGUAACAGUAACAAUAGUAACAGUAACAACAGUAACAGUAACAAUAGUAACAGUAACAAUAGAAACAGUAACAAUAGUAACAGUAACAAUAGUAACAGUAACAAUAGUAACAGUAACAAUAGUAACAGUAACACUAAUAACGGUAAUAGCAGUGAUAACAACUACAGUUAUACGAGUGACAUACACAAUUUUUUGAGACAAGAAAAUUUAAAUAAAGCACAGAACAAUGUGAGCAAUAAUUUAUAUUACUGCCCCAACAGCCCCAAUGUGAGGGUAAAUGCAAAUAUGAAUAAUAACUCCUUCAUGAAAUAUAUAAAAAAUUUUUUAGAAAAUAAUUAUAUAAACGACCAAAAGAAUUACAUAGACUUAUACUAUAAAACAAAAGAAAAUAAUAAUAGCACAGGGGAAAAUGAGUUCCCUGAUGCAAGUAAGGAAAAUAAUAUGAAUCUUACCAUAAAUAAUAUUUAUAAAAGUAAAGACGUGAAUGUACAUGGUAGUAGAAAUAUGAAAUAUGUUGAUGGUGCUUAUUUCCAUAACAAACAAAGUGUCAGCACUGCUAAUACGAGCUACGAUUCAUGUAGAAUUGGUGUAUCUAACACCACUAAUGCAAAUAGUGCGAAUAAAACGAAUAGUGCAAAUAAAACGAAUAGUGCGAAUAAAACGAAUAGUACGAAUGGGGUUAAUAGUAUGCUCAUUGGUGGUCAUCAUCUUAUCAGAGAUUUUAACAAUCAUUCACAGGACAUUUUCGAUAUGGCAAGCAUUAAAAGUACUAAAGCUUUUGCUGAAGUGCAUAAUAAUAAUAGUAAUAGUAAUAAUAUAAGUGGUAACAAUAAUAAUGGUAAUACUUAUUAUUGUAGGAGUGGUAUGCCUCGUUUGGACGAUGCAAAUGUAUGCAUUAAAAAAACAGGUGCUCUCGAUUACUCCAAUAUUUACAAUUUAGUUCAUGAUAUAAAGAAUGACGAAGAUGAGCAUGCCUCAAAGAGCAAGUUGAAUAGUAAACAUCCGUUAGAAAGUGAUUACUGUGGCGGCAUAUAUAAUAAUAAUAGCAGUAGUAAUAAUACAAACAGUAAUAACAAUACUAGUAAUAGCAAUACUAGUAAUAACAACACUGGUAAUAACAACACUAGUAAUAACAACACUAGUAAUAACAACACUAGUAAUAACAACACUAGUAAUAACAACACUAGUAAUAACAACACUAGUAAUAACAACACUAGUAAUAGCAACAGUACUAAGAAUAGUCGUAUAACUAAUGGUAGUUAUUACCGUAUGAACGAUCUAAAGAAGGAGGGAAAAAAUAUGAACAUUAUGAAUAUUCUAAAGACAGAGGGGGGUGAUAGCCAUAUACAUAGACGGGGUAAUAAUGUUACUUCAUUGCAGCUACAUGAUGAUAAUAGCAAGAGUAAGUUAUGCAUUAGUAAGCACGAACACUACACAAACGAUGAUAAUGAUGAUGUUGGUAAUGAUGAUAACGAUACAUCUAUAUAUGUAGGGAAAAACAUAGAUGUAAAUGCACAGGAAUAUAGCAUGAACUGUACAGAGGAUAUUAGUGAGUGUAAUUUGAACAAAUUAAUGGUUAGUGAUUGUAGAAAUGCUACUGUUAAUAAGGUAGGGUUAAUGGAAAGACGAAAUAAUUUAGUAGAGGGGGAGACUGCGCGUACUUACAAUAAUAAUAACAGUAAUAACCAUAAUAAUAGUAUUCAUAAUGACUGUAACAAUAACAUUACCAGCAGUAACAUCAAUGAUAGUGCAAAUGUGCAAGGGACUAGAAAGUAUUACGAGAACAUAAAAAAGGACAACUUCAGUACCAUGCACAGCGUUUUUCAAAAAUGUGUAUUAUCAAAAGACAAUGAGAAUAUAACUAAUUAUGAAGAUAGAAAUGUAAAAAAUGAAAAUAGAUGUAGUAACAACAAUAUAAAUGAUAAUCAGUAUAGUACUAUUAAGAUAAACGAUGAGGAGAAAAGGAAAAAUUUAAGUGAAGACAUUAUGUAUAACGACAGUACAACUGUUGCAACUUUUUUGAGUGAACAAAAUUUGGGGAAAAUUAUGAGUAAAGAGGAUGUUUAUAUUAAUGAUGGAGAAUUAGUAGAAAAAGAGGAACAAAAAAGGGGGGGGUAUAGUCAAGAAAGUAUUAACCUAGAGAAGUAUAACAAUGAUCCUGAUAAAUAUAGCAUUCACCCUGAUAAGUAUGACAAUUUCGAUGUAGGCCAUAAUUGUACUAAGCCUACUUCUACAAACCUUGAGCAAGGUAAUGAAAAAGGGAGAAAAGGAUACGAAGAUACACAAAUGAAACAAGUAGUUUGUACAGUAGAAAGUAAUAAGGAGAACAACUUAAUAAAUGAUGGUUUACAUAAUUAUUCCUUAGGUGGUAAAAAUACCAAGAUUGUUAGAAGUUGGGACAACAUGAGCAAUAUGUCUAAUAUGAAUAACUAUCUAAGUAACACUUCAAGUAAGAACAAUAACGAAACGUUAGUAAGAAACAGUCUAAUGGAUGAAAAGAUGAUUGAUUUUAUUCUGAAAAGUAAUGGAAAGGUAAAGGAUGCAAUGAAAGAUAAUAAUAAUGAGAAAGGUUCAAUAUUUCAAGGAAACUUAAAUUCUAUUAAUUCGGUUAAUUGUUUCUUAUAUGGGGUGUUACCAAAUAGUAAUAGUGAUGCUAAUAGUGUUAUUGAUGGUUCCCAUGAGGAGGUACAUAAUAAUGUUGUCCAUAUUGACAAUGUUGACAAUGUUGAUAACGUUGAUAACGUUGAUGAGGAUGAUUGUAAGAGUAAUGCUAUUAAUGAUAACGCGUUAAACGUCCAAAUAAGUAGUGUAAACAUGAAGGAUAAGGAUAAUAGUAGCUACAAUAUUAGCACUUGUAGCAAAGCAAAUAAUAGUACCACAAGCAACAGUGUAAAUUGUAAUAACUCAACCUGUAACAAUAAUAAUGAUGGCCAGAAAAUUUUCUUGAAAAGAAACUUUGCCAAUGGCAGUACAAGUAACACAAAUAUAAGUGGAGACUCGUAUGAUUACACAAUGAAUAUGACGAAAAAUAUGAAUAUAAAAAAGGACACAAACAAUAACAACAAUAAUAACAACAGUAGCAAUAACAAGAAUAACCAACAAAUGACUAGCUUCUCUAAGAAAUCAAGUAAUUGUAUUGAAUAUUUUGACCAUAGCCACGUAGAAGUAAAAGAUUCUGGUUUCAAAUAUAGUGCACAAAAUGAUUUAGAAAAUAUCACAAAUAAUAUGAAAUUGAAAAGCAUUUACAGUUACAAUGUAAAUAAAAAUACGAACAUUACCAAUGUUUAUAAUUAUAAUUCUUUCCAUUAUUUAAAUUAUAACAAUCAUUUAGGGAAAGGAGAUAAGAAUAAAAAUAAACACCAACAUCCACAUCAACCUGUGAGAAACUGCAACGAAAUGAACUUAACGAAUAACUACGAUUUGAGAGUUAAAAGCGGACCUAAUAGCAGUUUAAAUAAUGGCAUAAAUAAUAACUGCAAUAAUAGCGACAAUAAUAUAAGCGAUAGGGGAGAUGAUGGUGGAAAUGCUAUCAGUGUAAACAUCCGAAAUGAUAGUAGCAGUACUUUGAAUAACUCGAGUAAUGCAAAAAAAGUCUCUCCCUUAAAGGUAACAGCGGAUUAUAAUUACGUUAAAAGGAUAUCUACAAGGUGCAUAUCCGAUAGUUCUGUAAUGGAUCCACAAAACUUCAAUAACCUGCAUCUGAGGUUGAAAAAUUCAAAUUUUCCGAAUUAUAUGAACAACCCUCCAACUGCGUAUAGUGGUAGUAAUAAUAAUAAUAUUAAUAGCGGCAGUAGCAGAAGUAAUAACAGCAAUAGUAAUAACAAUAAUAAUAACAAUAAUAAUAACAAUAGUAAUAACAAUAAUAAUAACAAUAGUAAUAACAAUAGUAAUAACAAUAGUAAUAACAAUAGUAAUAACAAUAGUAAUAACAAUAGUAAAUUAACAAUAAAUAGUAAUAACAGUAAUAAUAACAAUUAUAAUAACAAUAGUAAUAACAAUAGUAAUAACAGUAAUAAUAACAAUUAUAAUAACAAUAAUAAUAACAAUAAUAAUAAUAAUAGCAGCAGCAGCAAUAACAAUAUAAAAUAUAACAGUAAAACAAACGAUGAGAGCAGUGGAAGCAGCAGUAUAAUGGAGAAGUUAAAAGUAUUUGACAAGAUGAGAUACGAUAUGAAAUUUACGAAUUACAAUACCAUUUAUGAUAAUAGUGUAAAAAAUAGAGAUAAAAUGAGUGCGAAAUAUAAAGUUUUCAAUAGUAGUUGCAACAGUAAUAACAAUUAUAAUAACCACAAUAAUGGUAGCUGUACUACCUACACGAGCAGUAACCACAGUAACAACUACAACAACAGUGGUAGUAGCAUAUUGGAUAGUCGAAGUUUCAUGUUGUAUGAUGAUAGAGAAAAGCUAUCCAAAGAAGGAAAUAAAUAUACGGACAGAAUGAAAAAUAUGAAUUGUAAAAAUUAUAAUAAUUUUAUGAAAAAUGGCUACAUACAAAAAGAAAUAAUACCAUCAGAUAAUUUUUUAGUUAUUAAAAAAUACACUGCUAAGUAUGAAGUGCAAAUUGACCCGUUCAAUGGAUUUGAUAUAGCUAAAAGAAUAAUAGGUUUAAAGGGAACAAAUAUGAAAAAGAUAUGUAUUGAUACGGAUUGUAAAUUAAGACUAAGAGGUAGAGGAUCAGGUUAUUUAGAAGGAGAAGAAAAAAAGGAAGCAAGUGAAUCAUUACAUUUGUGUGUUUCAUGUCAAAAAUAUGAUCAUUACAUAUUAGCUAAAAAAUUAAUAGAACAAUUAUUGGUUAAAAUUUAUAUGGAUUAUGAUACUUGGUUAUAUAAUCAUGGUAAGCCUUAUGCAAAUUUAAAACCCAAAACGUAUGAGAAAUUCAUCCCUCUGUUUAAGUUUCAACAAAACCCUAACUCUAAGCAGCAAAAUGUAAAUCAGAAUUGA